AUGGAGCCAGGCAGGACUCAGAUAAAGCUUGACCCCAGGUACACAGCAGAUCUUCUGGAGGUGCUGAAAAUGAAUUUCAGCAUCCCCUCUGCCUGCUUCUCUGUCGCUCCCACUGCAGCCCAGCUUCUGAGAGCCCUGGGCCCUGCAGAAAUUGCCCUCACAGUCAUUAUGACUUUGCUUGCCCUGGGCUCGGUCACCAUCUUCCUGGAGGACGCUGUCUACCUGUACAAGAACACCCAUUGCCCCAUCAAGAGGAGGACUUUGCUCUGGAGCAGUUCUGCACCCACGGUUGUGUCUGUGUUCUGCUGCUUCGGUCUCUGGAUCCCUCGUUCCCUCAUGCUUGUGGAAAUGGCCAUAACUUCGUUUUACGCAGUAUACUUUUACCUGCUGAUGCAGGUCAUGGUGGAAGGCUUUGGUGGGAAGGAGGCAGUAGUAAGGACACUGAAGGACACUCCAAUGAUGGUCCACACUGGCCCCUGCUGCUGCUGCUGCCCCUGCUGCCCCCCACUCAUGCUCACCAGGAAGAAGCUUCAGCUGCUGAUGCUGGGCCCAUUCCAGUAUGCCUUCCUCAAGAUAACACUGAGCCUGGCAGGCCUGUUUCUCAUCCCUGAUGGCAUCUAUGACCCAGCAGACAUUUCUGAGGAGAGCACAGCUCUGUGGAUCAACACUCUCCUCGGUGUGUCCACCCUGCUGGCUCUCUGGGCCCUGGCCAUCCUUUUCCGUCAAGCCAAGAUGCACCUGGGCGAGCAGAAUAUAGGAAGCAAAUUUGUUCUAUUCCAGGUGCUCCUCAUCCUGACCGCUCUGCAGCCAUCCAUCUUCUCAGUCCUGGCCAAUGGCGGGCAGAUUGCUUGUUCACCACCCUUUUCCUCUAAAGUCAGGUCUCAAGUGAUGAAUUGCCACCUUCUUGUACUGGAGACUUUUGUAAUGACUGUGCUGACACGCAUGUACUACCGAAGGAAAGACAACAAGGUUGGAUAUGAGCCUUUUCCUUCCCCAGACCUGGAUUUGACUUCAAAGUCUGAAGUGGAUGGUUUGGACAUUGAAAGAGACUCUGUACAUAUUAAACAGGCACAAGAUUUCCUCACUGUCCCUCAACCUUGA